CACCAAAGCAUUAUCUGCUUACGGUAUAAUAUAUUUGAUGAUUUCUUAUCUUCUUGUUCAACCUCCCUGCCGGGAAAAUUCAUCUUUUGGUAUACUUGUGUUUCCUCAGGAACUUAAUUUGUGGCAGCUGGUGGUCAGCUUCUAAUGGACAACGGGAGAAUCUCACAGUAAAUAUAAUAUCGGAUCAAUAAAAAAAUGAGGGGAACACAAACACAAGGCCAUUCUUCGCCCGGUUUAUUGGAGAUUUGUUGUUAGGAUCCAUCUGCAACCAAAGGGGAGUUGCAUUUUGCAAGAAUAGAUAUGAAUCAACUGAAAGAGGGCAUACAAAUUGCAGAAUUAUCUAAAGCCGAUGCAGAAUUGGAGCUGUCAGAAGCAAGGAAGACAGUAAAAGAUCUAUGUUCAAGAAUCGAAGAAUCAAAUUCAAAGGUAACCAAAAUUGAGAGACUAGACAAGGAAAAAAGACUCAAAGAUGGCUUGGGAUCAUUUCACAAGAAAACAGGUGACGGUCAGUUUGCACAAGUGACUAGAGAAGUGGAAAACAUAAAACAGGAGUUAAGCAAUCUUAAACUUAAAAUGGACUAUGCCUCACAAGUGAAAAUGAAUGCGGAGAGUGAAAUAGAAGCAUCGAGCUCCAUGAUUCUGUCAUAUUCCAGCUUGGUAGAAGAAAUUAGGACGAAUAUUGAUGAACUCAACGAGGAGCAUGUAUUAGUUGCAGUAGCACGAGUUGAGGCUCUUAGAGAAUAUACAGCAAUUGAAGCAGAGAGAAAUGAGGAAGCUAAGAGGUACAUGAUUGUACUUGAAAAAAUAAGGAAGAAACUAAAUAACUUGAAUGAAGAGGCUGCUAGUGCGCAAGCAGUUGAAAAUGAACUGGCUGUCACCACUGCUGAUGUUAACAGAUUAAAGAGUGAACUAGCUCUUAUCAAGGAAAUGGAUAUACCGAAACCAGAGAAUGCAAAGCUUCAAGAAGUUUCUUUUAGGAAACAGGGGAAACAGGAUUCUAUUUUGUUCUUACACACAAUAUUAGAAGAAUCAGAAGCAGCAAACAAAGAAUUAGCUGCCAUCAAUGAAGGUGGUUUUCAGUUGAUGUCCUCUAUGGAUGUUAUUCGAGAAGAGCUCAAGCAGCUUGCAAAAGAAAAGGCUAGAUUGAGGGAAAUGGAGGACAAAACAGAAUUAACUAUUCAAAGUGUCAAUUCAAAGUUGCUCAGAGCAAAAUCAAAACUUGAAGCUUUAUCUGCUGCUGAAGAAAAAGCUAAUUCUAUGUCGUCAAGUCUUGCUGGCACUCUAAAACAUUUAAGGGAAGAGGCAGAGGCUUCAAAGAAAGAAAGGGCUCUUGACCUUGAAGAGAUUGCAACGGUUAAGUCUGAAGUAUUAAGAACAAAGUCUAUGAUUGAUUUGGAUGAGGCAAAGCUACAAGCUUCCAUUGAAGAGCUCAGGGCUGUUAAAUUAUCAGAAGCCAAAGCUCUUAAAACUCUCAAAGCUCUGGUUGGGAUAUCAGUGAAAGCUAGAGCUACAUCUCAACAUAACUCCAAUAUUACCAUCUCAACAUUUGAGUAUGUGUACUUAAAAGGCCAUGCCGUUGAGGCCAAGAAAGUUGCAGAUAAAAAGGUAGAAGCAGCUCAGGCUUGGACAGAAGCUCUGAGGACCAGUGAGAAGGAAAUAUUAAUGGAGACCAUAGCGACUCAACAAAAAAUUAGAGUAAUCGGAAUGCUAGAGGAAGAGGCAAUCAAUUUUGGCAGGAAACAUGACCAGAGUAUAGACGCGGAACAGGCGCCAUCUGAGGUUGCAUCUUCUAGUAAAAGUGGAAACAGAUAUAUUAUUUCGACACCCGGCAGACGACUAAGGCACAGAAGGUCUGGCUCAGCAGCAGGUUUUUAUAUGUCAAGAUCCAGCAUCACAAUUGAUAGGAGGAGAAAGGGAAUGCAAAAUAUAUCCAAAUUCUUUAGCAGCAAGGACGACAAAAGGGAUGAAUAGUUUAUAAAGCAUAAAUGAAGUCAUUUAACAUACGAGCUCUGCUGCGCAAACAUGUGUAUGAUUCUAGCUAGUUAGUUGUAUACAGGUUCUUUUGUGAUCCCCAUUCAACUGUACAAUUUUGUGAAUGUCCACAUGAAAUGUACUGUGCGAGGAUUGUUGGUGUAAAGAGCACAAGUAUGCCAGAGAGAAAACAAACUGUUUUUAAUUUCUUCA